AUUAAUUACUUAAAAGUUAAUAAUUUGAUCUACAAAUGGACACCGGAAUGGCCAUUACCUUCAUCUUCUUCCUCGCCGGAGCAGCACUCCUCAGCUCUCCGUCCUCCGCCGCGGCCGCCGGCGCCGACGAGAAGGACUGCGCGGAGCAGAUGACGACGCUGGCGGCGUGCAUCCCGUUCGUGAGCGGCAGCGCGAAACAGCCGACGAAGGAGUGCUGCGACGACACCAACAAGGUCAAAACCGCCAUGCCGAAAUGCCUCUGCGUCCUAAUCAAGGACAGCACCGACCCCUCCGUCGGACUCCCCAUUAACACCACCUUGGCGCUGCAGAUGCCCGCCGCCUGCAACAUCGACGCCAGAGUUUCCGAUUGCCCCUCGUUGCUGAAUCUUCCGGCGGAUUCGCCGGAGGCCAAGAUUUUUAAGGUGGCCAGUUCGGGGGAUUCGAAUGCGGUGUCUCCGGCGACGCCGAAGCCGGCGACUGCGGCGGCGACGGGUUCGGAGAGCGGUAAGAGUGCGAGUGCGAGUGCGGCUAGUGGCGGGAGGGAGACGGCGGCGGUUGGUGGCGCCUUGGUGGUGACGGGAUUGGCGCUGGCUGUGGCGUUUGUUUGAAAUUGUAAUAACGCUUUUUGGGUUUUUGGAAUAAAGUGGAGUUAUUUACAUAAAAUGUGAAGUGUUGCAUUCAAAAGUUUUUGUUGUCUACGUUCCAUGCCAAAGAAAAAAUGGUUGUACAAUCAAUCACUUUGAUGUAGAUUGACUGUAAACACUUUCAAAUUCUCCCUACUCUAAUCAUCAAAACUUUAUUUGUACGAUGGAGAUUAAAAGACAAAUUAUUGUCUCAAAUUAUUUGAACACCAUUAUGCUAUGAAAAGUUCAUAGAAAA